CUGUCUUUCUGUCGUCAGGACUCUCUUCAGAACACGACAGCGCAGUACCCAAUGGGCUGCCCUGCGAACCUGAUCAUCGCUUUGCACCAGGGGCAUGCCAGCACGUCAACGAUCCCGUCCAGUCUGGACAUGGCCGUGUUCAUCGAGACAAGCGAUCCUCCGGUCGUGUUAUGGUAUGAUCUGGUCGGUGUCAUCCACGGACGAUCUGCUACUUCUGGGAAUGCUGUCGCCUACACGCGUGGGCCAGGCGGGACGUGGACUGGCUACUACAACAACGGCAGGGUCGGCGAAAACCUUCCGACUAUGACGUACUCACCGGACGGGCGGCCUUGCUGCGUUACGCCAAGCGCGGUUAGACCUUGGGGUCGCGUCGUCGUCUUCGAUGGACUGCGACAAUUGCGUGUCACCUGUUUCUUUGCGGUACAAGAAAAACCGGAACCGGUGUUUUUGUGUUUUUCGAGCAGGCUGGGUUGCGCUCGAAGCAAGUGGCGGUCUCGUCCUUUCGUGUGCUUUGUGUAUUUCGGUGUAUGAAUCGAAACCACUGCUGGCAAUGCGGCCGG